AAUGUUAUCGCAUUUACGACUUAUCGUUUGGCAACCCUGCAAAGCACUUUGCGUGUGCCAAAUGAUAGAAAAUAAAAAUACACUUUGCCUGUCAGAAAUUAGAGAAAUAGUCAAGUAAAUAGAAAUAAAGGCAUAUUUACUGUUUUAUAAACUUCAAAUUUGAAUUGAACACAAAGGCGCAAACAUGUCGCGCCGCAGCAACUUUAUCGAGGGCAACGACAACUUUCGCGAGCAAAACUUGCGCUUUGUGAGGAACGAGUUUGAAGAAAAUAUAAAUCAAUUCUUUGGCGCGGACGCAGCCGGCACAGGCCCAACGGGCAAUGGAGCACCGCCGCGCGAUUCUAUUAUUGUACAACCGACGCCCGGCAACAGUGAAGCGAAACCGUUCCGAAGCGUUGAAGUGGAUCAACGUUUACAGUACUUUCGCCAGUUGGGCCUCAAUCGCAGCCGAGCUUUUGCCCUGGCCAUUGGCUCCUUGAAGGUGCCCGAUUUCAAUUUACGCGACAUUCAGCGGCAAAGAUAUCGCAUGAGCGUCGAGGCCGGCGACGAGCGUCAGGCGGAUGUGGACGCCUUUAUUGUCAAAGAAGUUACAGCUAUGAUUGAUUUGCGUCAGGAGAGGCUCAAGCAGCGGCCGCGCACUCCGCCGCCGCCGAGAGACAUCGAUUGGCAUGGAAAUAGGGGCGUUCCACGGCAACGUGCACCAAGCCCCGAAAAUUUUGGACUGAUUCGCCGAUUCGAUGAACAUGAACGAAAUGAACAGUUCCGCGAGCGGCAUGGCAGUUCUCGUGAGCGAAAAGAAAGCCAUCGUGAGCGUAGCGAUGAGUUUCGUGAGCAAAACGACAGAUAUCGUGAGCGUAGCGAAGAGUUUCGUGAGCGAAACGACAAUUUACGUGGGGGAAAUCCAAUCUUUGAACGGGAAGACAGUUUUCGUACUCGACAUUGUGAACGAAAUGAUAACUUUCGUGAAGCGGAACCAUUUAAUGAUAGCCCAAGAUUUUUGAAAAAAUUUCGUAGCCCAAAUUUGGACGAUUUUGGUCCAAAUCAAUGCAAUGAGUCGCAGUUUAGGGACGAGGAACGUUUAAUUUUUAACAAUAAUCGUGAACCAAUAGGUUCCAAUUUCGGUUUAAAUCGUCGUUCGCCAAAUCCCGAAAAUUAUCGUUCAAUUUAUGAUAAUUUUCGCGCAGAGCGUCCCAGAAACUCUGAAAAUUCCAAUAUUCAUGAUUUCGAUGAUGAUUUGAGAGCUGUUCCGCGACAGCUGCAGGUGGAAAACUACCGUGGAACUAGUUCGGAACGGAGGCGAAUUGAUGUGCGUUUCGAGAAUGAACCAGAUGAACAACGUUUUUACAAUGAACGCAAUCAAAGUUAUCCGGAGGAUAAUUUUCGUCGACGGUCCGUUCUGGACGAAACUUUCCGUAGGAGUGUACGGAAUGAGGCGCUACGCCCGGAAUAUGCAGACGAUUUUGGGCCAGAACCCAAUUUUGAUAGCGAACCGUCAAAUUUUAUGGGAAAUAACUUGAAUGAGGGAAAUGAAUAUGCUUUAAAUAUAAAUCGUUAUAAUUCCGAUGGAAGUUUGCCAGACGAACGUUGCAACUUUGAUCCCGAUUUCCAGGACAGGAACUUGAACAUGAUACUCGAUUUCCCGCCGGAUCCAAUGUUCAACAACAGAAAUCAAACGAACUGGAAUAACAGUAAUAAUAAUAAUCCAGUGAGCCCGGGCAACUGGAAUAUCAAUAAUCCCAUGAACCAACCCAACUGGAACAAUAAUAAUAAUAAUCCCGGCUGCUUUGGCUUUGUGGGAGAUGGCAAUCCGGACAUGAUUUGGCCAGCUCAAAUGAGAGACAACCCGCAGCAGCAGCAGCCCAUGAAACCACCAAGGAGCAGCUCCCUCAAAAAUAGACCAAGUCAGACGCAGCAAAAGCCAUCGCCGAUUCGAACUGGCAAUAAUCUUACAAAGAAAACCCUGAUUGCCAAUUUACCUGGCAACAGGCAAACGGGCGGCAAUCCAAACAAAAUAAAUAAGCAAAAUACAGGCAAUGCUGUGACCAAAAAGGUCUUACUGCCAGCUCCGGCUGGCAAGCCAAAUGUUCUCAACAAUUUGGUAAAAAUUAAUACGAAUAGAUACCAAAAUCCGAACAGGCCGAGCACAUGGAAUGUCGCCGGCAAUCUGACAAAUCUGCCAACAGCAGCUCACCGAAAUGCCAACAAGCGUGCAGCGGAUGGGACAGGUCCAGGAUUUCUGACCAAGGCCGAGAUUAAGAGACGCAAGCUGGCCGAGAAGCGUGGAUUUUUGAUUGGCGGCAUCAAGCUGCCGUAUAUAAACAACAGUGCCAGGGCGUUGCCCCAGCCGGAGGAUAAGUCCUAUGCGAUCACCUUUUUUGAACAAGAACCCAUCUACAAUACGUGCAUUCAUGUGACGGACAAUGAUGAGGGCGACAUGGCCAACAUUGAGUCGGACGAGAAUUCGGAUAAUGAUGAUGAUGCGCCGCCGACGGCUGGCAACCGGUUGGUCAUCAAGCCGGACACCAGGAAGCGCAAUGUCAUACGCAAACGAAUCAGUGCGGCCUGGACGAAGCUGUAUCGGGCGAAUAAUUAUAAAUGCUGGCUCACCUGGUGGCAGGCGUACAAAUGGUGCGAAUCGGAGCUGAACAAGCAGCUGGAAAGGUUCGGUUCGCUCAAUAUUCGGCAGGCUUUUCUGCCCAACUAUCCGAAGAAAAGCACGGAGCAGGUGAUUAACCUGGUCAUGAAAUCGGCACAUUUUGCGCUCGAGGAGAACACAAGCUCGCAUUUUCGUAAUCACAAAACUCUAUAUAAGCUCAUGAAUGAGACGUUCCUCGAGAAUCUCUCGUUGCCCGUUGUCGAGCAGCUGCAGGAGAUGAUACGCGGCACUCCAAAUCAUUUGUGGGUAUACAAAAUGCGUAGCAUGGUUUUUCUGUGGGCGGAAUACUAUAAAAUCUUUAAGGCCAGUCCCAGAAAUGAGGCCAAUUUUGGGGCCAUUCAGUCCAAAUGGAAGAGUCCCGUCUUCCACUGGAUGUGCAAACAGGCAUUCGAUGAGCUAAAGGCUAUCAGUGCAAUCGAGUGGCCUGAUCACGCUAAAGAGUAUGCGCGUCUGAAAUCUGAAAAAUAACUAUAAACUUAAGAUAUAUUAAUUUAAGUACCUUUGAAUUUAAAUGGAAUCAUGAAAACGUAUUGAAAUCAAUAAUGUUUAAAAAUAAUGUACGUUAAACAAGCAGUUGCUUUUGUACCUAAUCACAGGAUAAAUUUUGCAAUUAAGUUGUCUAGGGCUGCAAAACCAAAUAAAUUGUAACUGGUUCGGUUCACGGUUCAAACUAA